AUGAUUUCAUCAAGCCAAUUCAGUAGCAGACUGGUUGCUCGCUCCGUGCCUCGCUCGGUAGCUCGACGCGUGGCCCGUCAACCACGGCGUUACCAAUCGAGCUCAUCCUCGCCAAGUGCAGUAAACUUCAGCGGCUCGCAUUUCACAGUCGGCAUGAUUGGAGGCGUGGUGGGUGCAGCUGUUGCCUACGGAAUUUAUUCCUUCACCCCUGCGGGUCGCGCCGCAUCUCAGAUCAAUAAGGCUGCCAUCGAGGCCAAAAAGGCCUACGACGCCGCCGCCAAGAAGCUGCAGAACAGCACCCCCGAUGCAGACCAGGCAGUCAACUCGAUCAAGCAGUUUGCCUAUUCCUACGCCGCCUGGGUCCCCGGAGGCAGAGUUUACGUCGACGCAGUCUUCAAGGAUUGGGACACUGUUCGAGAGAGCCACAAGGAUGAAGCCGACAAGAUUGUCAACGAUGCCUACAAGGAACUAAAGGCCUUGUCAAAGGCUGGCUUGAGCUUGGAUACGGCUUCGAAAGCAUACGACGUCCUCGCCGAGGUAUCCAAGAAUAUGGCCAACCUUGGCGGCGAGGCCAUCUCCGAUAUUCUCGACAACCAUCCCGAGGCCAAAGAGAAGUUUGGCGGAAGCAUCGAGAAGCUUCAGUCCAUGGCGAAGAAUUACGGCCCCGAAGCCAAGAAGCAGGUUGACGAAACGUGGAAGCAGAUCAAGGACAUCCUUGCUGGAGGCUUCUCCGCCUCAAACCUCGACAAGGCACGUAAACUGAUUGACGACAAGCUGCAACAGGUCACCAACCUGGGCGAAGAUGCUUGGAAGAAGGGCAUCGAGGCAGCGAAGCCAUACCUCGACAAGAACCCCAAGAUGAAGGAACUGAUUGAGAAGAACACCGAUUCGCUCAAGCAGGGCAAUGUCGGUGAGCUCUUGGAAAAGGUGCGCUCCGCUGCAAAGUCGGGCAGCCUGGAUGACUUGAAGAAAUAUGUUGAGGAUGCCGCCAGCAAGGCCAAAGAAAGCGCAAAGGACAAGGUCUCGGGGAACGGAGACAAUUUCGGGCUCGGCAAGUACCUGAACAUGGUUCCUCAGGGAAGUGACGUUUUACAAAAACUCCAGCAAAUCAGUGAGGUGGCAGACAAGCACAAGGACGAGGGCGAAAAGUUGUUCAAGGAAACGGUCGAAGAGAUCAAAAAGGUUCUCGAGAAGCAGUCGGAGAAGGGGAAGACCAUUGUCGACAAAGCCAAGAAGGACGUAAAGUAA